GUGGGUUCUUCUGUAGUGUUUGAAAGGAGGCAGAAUAGAGCGCCAGGGAGUCCAGAGGUCCGAGUCGGGGGGCCCCCUGAAACUCAGAGAGGAGGAGGAGAGAGGAGGUGCUGAAAGGGACUCGAUACCGCCCCCCGAAAAAGCCUGGAAGAAUUGCGCUCCGUCAGUGCGCGCUGCCUGCCAGUCUGAGGAUGGGGAUUUUUUUUCCAUUCAUCCACGUCCCCUUUUCCCUCCUCCUUCUCUCAAACUACCCAGUCGGUCUGUCAAUGUGCUGCGAGCAUUAGUGCAAGUCAAACCAGUGGGAUUUUGAGGCAGAGAGACGGAUGAGAUAACGAAAGAACCGCUUUCCUCUGCCCGAAAAGCGACGCGUCCUGCUCUCCAAAUGAUGCGCUAAAAUCAGAUAGGCGUCAAUUUCCAAAAGGGACUAAUGCGCACAAUUUUAUUUUUUAUGUUUUUUUAUCACUUCACAAGUUUCACGUUGGCCUUUGUGCGGCUUUAUUAGAGUGGAGAUGCUUUUCUAGCUGUUUGGUUUGCUUCCAUCUCAGUUUUCUUGUGUUGUAGAUUUCAUAGAUCCCUGGAUUUAUCAUUCCUGGAUCCUGUGAUUUGUUUCUCAAUUUUCACCCAUCCGUUGCUUUAAGGAUUUGCGGAUUUACAGCCGUGUUGAACCUGUGUAUUUCUCAAAGAGGAGAAUAAGGAUUGUAAUGCGCAUUGACUAAGCUGCACCGAGCAUCAACAUGUUUUUAUGAGGAUGGAGCUGUGGACAGGAGUGACAUCUUUUCCAUUUUAAACCAUUCGCCUUUUCAGUUUUUUUUUCUGUUUUUUUGGCCUGAUUUCGAUUGUUUCCUUCUAACAGACUGACAAUAUUCCUUUUCAGUCCAGCCUGGUAUGUUGGCAGGUAGAUUUUCUUGCAAGAAAACAAGGUAAUGGGAGAGAAAUCACACAGAGUCGGCACAGAGAACAAGGGAACAUUGUUCGCAAAAAAGACAAUUAGGGCGCACCGAAAGGCAGCAGAAAUAGCUCCUGAGUGGCGAUAAAAUUCAGAAAAUUCGAUCCAGUGGAGUUAUAUUGAAGCUGAGGAGUGCUGCUUUUGGAAGAAGAACGACUAAUGACAAAUUAAUGGGAAAGUCAUGGGAUUGGCACUGAAAUAGUACGGCCGUGGACGCGCACAAAAACCCCGUCGUUUUUUUUUUUUUUUUUUUUUUUUUUUGGAGAUCCAUGCGCACGGAUUGAACAACUUUGUCCUACACGUUUCUGAGUGUGAUUUUUGGUUUGAUCCAGCUCAGUUUGUUGAAUUGUGAAUCCAUGAGGCUGUGCACAGCAGGUUUUUACUUUACACUUUGACUGCCUUGUACCUAUAGCCUGCUCGGCUGUAGACGCACAUCCAUUGUUUUCAGAGGCUCCUUACACCCGCUUUAGAAACACAAAAUAUUCUCCCCUAUUUCUUUUUCUUUCUCUCUUUUUUUUUUUUUUAUAUAUAUAAAUGGGGCUGCAUAUGCUGGGUGUCAGGGUUGAAAUGGCGUGUCGACUGAGUGGAAAUGGAGUGGUGAUCCUGCUGGUUUUCUUACUGGAUUUAGUGGGCACAACGGCCAGCAGUAUGGAGCCUAUCUACUGGAAUUCCCUGAACGAAAGGUUCAGGGACGAUAAGGGCUACGUUCUGUACCCUCAGAUCGGGGACCGGCUGGACCUCAUCUGCCCUCCCUUGGACACAGCCAGAUCCACGCCAGAGUACGAGUUCUACAAGCUCUACCUCGUGUCGUCACGGGAACAGGCGGACCGCUGCGAGGUGACAGGCCCCCCCAACAUCGUGUUGACCUGCGACGAACCCACCCGUGAACGUCGCUUCACCAUCAAGUUCCAGGAGUUCUCCCCCAACCUCUGGGGCCACGAGUUCAAGAGCAUGCACGACUACUACAUCAUCGCUACGUCAGAUGGGACGCGCCAAGGCCUGGAUAGCAUGAGAGGGGGAGUGUGUGCCACGCAAGGCAUGAAGGUGGUCCUGAAAGUGGGACAAAGUCCAUAUGGGCUGCCUCCGAAGAAGCCGGAGCCACCACCACGUGCCACCAACAGAAACUCAGGCGGCACAGGGAACACCACUCAGUCUAGAGGAACCAACAACUUCGGCAGCGAUGACACCGGCGGCAACGGGCCCCUCCAACCCUCCAACAUCGCUCUAAUCGCCGGGGCCGCCGGAGGAUCUGCUUUCCUCCUGCUGGUCACCGCUGUAAUCUGCGUGGUGUGCUAUCGACGGCGACACGCGAAGCACUCGGACACCCAUCACCCUCCGCUGUCGCUCUCCUCCCUCACCAGUCCCAAGCGAGGAGGUGGUGGCGGCAUCACCAGCUCCAACAACAACGGGUCCGAGCCGAGCGACAUCAUCAUCCCUCUACGGACGUCAGACUCGGCCUACUGCCCGCACUACGAGAAGGUGAGCGGGGACUACGGACACCCCGUCUACAUCGUCCAGGAGAUGCCGCCUCAGAGCCCGGCGAACAUCUACUACAAAGUAUGAGACGGCCCCAGUUCCGGCCGACUGGACACACCCACAUCCCUUUACCCACUACCAACCAAACCCCGCUACAAAUGAAGCCACAGCAAAGCUUGCCAUUACAGCUCCCACCCCUUAAUACUACCAGUAUUUUCCCUUGGACUCCCCCUCACCGCCCCGUGAGCCCACCCCCCUGGCCACAGCUGUGUUCUAGCUGAAUCAACCUCCCUUCCCCAUUUUCACACGAGUGGGCCACUAAGUGUGUGUUUAGGGCAAUGUCAUAACCGAACAUCGCCCUUCUUAACAAGGCCCUCGUGAAUGGGCAAGAGCCUCUGAGUGCCCCCUUCUUGCUUACUCAGAGCCCCGCCCGUCAUCCCCAAAACGCCAGUAUGCGUCUGCAGCGCACACUCUUUUCCAAGGACUAUGGACCUGGCACUGGGACCUAUGAUGUAUUAAAAAAGAAAGAGGGGAAAGAAAAGAAAGUGAAGAACUACAAGUUAAAAAAAAACAAAAAAAACAAAACAAACUAUAACCCUGAUCCUACUUAGCACCGGAGAACUCUGAUUCGCAGAGGCCAUACCUGCCGAGCCCACUGCCCCGCCCCUCAGAGCUCCAUCAGCCAACCAGAGACCGGCCCCUGCCACUAAUUCACCAAUAGGAUUCUAGUUUGUUUGUGUUUGUUUUCUCCUGAGGAAGCAGGGGUUACGGACUCGCCCAAUCAGCAAACCCGGGCGGCAGUCACAUGACUAGGCCCAGGCCUGAGGAGAUCUGACCAAUCGCGUCACGGUGACACUCAGAAUCUUGUAUAUUUUAAUAAUGUGUGUGUGUGUGUGUGAGAGAAAGUGUGUGUGCGCAUAGGACUCGGAUAAUAUUAUGGCACUGCUGCUCCACAUUAGAGGUGUGUGUGCAGUCGGUGCGCUUCAGUACAGCAAGUCUGCAUAUGAGUUUGCAUAUGCACGUGUGGGGUUUAGUUUGUAUGUGUACGCUUCGUGUGUGAGUGACUGUGCGUACGUGUGCGUCCUUUAGACUUGUCUUAAAUACCAAAACACAAAAUAGUGAGCGAAUAUCAAAAAAGUGAGAUUUUUUAUCGCUAUCAACACUUAUAGAUUAUAUAUAUGAAUAUCCAGUAAAUAAUUUCUAGAUGUUUUUUUUUCCCGUUCUCUAUUGUUUUAUGAUUUUUACCCAAUCUGUUAAAAUACACUUCUGUUACAUUUUUUUAUCUGCUGUUUUUGUUUUUUUUUCCACACCGUAGAAUGACCUUAUUUCCUUCCUUUUCCCUUUGCAAUGUAUAUUAAUUUAAUCCCCUUUUUAAUUUUCCCAGUGAACAGAGGUUGUUUCUCUCUUCCUCUCUUCCCUCACUCAUUCACUCCCUCCCUCCCUCCCCUCCUCCUCCUCCCCCCUCCCCUCUAGGGUCUCUGAACUCUGUGUAUAUUUUUAUAGCUCCUUGUACUAUGCUGUAGUUUUGAAGUUUAGACCUCGUUUGUGGAAGUGUUGAGGUAGAACCAUCUAUGAAAGUUUUUUUCUUUGUUUUUUUUUUUUUUCUCAAAUGCUUUUUUUUUUUU